ACUCCUAUCUCCAGACGGCGCCGGUGAGCCACUGAGCCGGUGAGAAGAUGGCGGGCGCUGAGCCAGUCACCCGGCUCUCCCAGCUCCAGGAGCAAGACGAGGUGGAGCUCAUCUCGGUUAGCUCCGGACCGGAGCUCACCGCCGUGCGCCAGGGCAACGGCAAACACCCACCCCAGUACCGACCGGACCAAUAUUUCCGCGAUGGCGUUCGGAAGGUGGACUUUGUUCUGGUCCGAUCGUCGGACCUGCCGCCCUCGCACCACGCACACGACGCGAGACAGGAGAUCUUCGAGUCCAACCUCAGGAAAGAGGGUCUGGAUCUGGAGGAGGACCAGAUUGACGAGAACAGCCCGCUGACGUUCAUCAAAAUCCACACGCCCUGGGAGGUGCUCAGACGCUACGCAGAAAUCCUCAAAAUCCGAAUGCCGAUGAAACUGCCGGCUGGAAUAAGCAAGGAUGAAGCUUUCAUCAAGCAGGUUCCCGUCAUCCGGGAGAUCACAGAUCUGGUGGACACGUUCGAUAACAGCAUGUUCGGGGUGAACCCCAAGAAGUUUCCGCCCAAGAACCAGACCCUGACCGGCGUCUACAGCAGGGACCGCGAGUACCUGUUCGACAUGUCGGCCGGUUUCUUCACGCCGGCGGUGAGAGCCCGCGUGGUCGCCUUCAUCUUACAGAGAAAGUGGUUCGUCGAGCACGACCCCGAACAUGAGACGGUGAUGGACUUUGGCAUCAACAGACUGCUGGCCGACAAGACCUAUCUGGCCAGCUAUGCGCCGCACGAGGGCCCUCUGGACUCGAAGGACAACGCGCGUUCCAAGCUCCGCUCCGAGUGGGCCAGCCUGCGCAAGUUUUACCGGCACCAGCCGCUCGACUACGUGCAGGAGUACUUUGGCGUCAAGAUCGCCAUGUAUUUCGCCUGGCUGGGCUUCUACACGUACGCACUGAUCCCUCCGGCCAUCGUGGGCAUCAUCUGCUUCGUCUACGGCUUCGCCACGCUGUGGGACGACAUUCCGAGUAACGACAUUUGUAAGGACACGGAGGUGUGGAUGUGCCCCAUCUGUGACGUGUUCUGCGACUUCUACCGGCUCAAUGAGACGUGCGUCUACGCCAAGUUUACCUACAUCGUCGACAAUCCGUCCACCAUCUUCUUCGCCAUAUUCAUGUCGUUUUGGGCGGCGCUGUUCUUGGAGCUGUGGAAGCGCUACUCUGCCGAAAUCACCCACCGCUGGGACCUUUCCGGGUUUGAUCUCAAAGAGGAACACCCGAGACCGGAGUACCUGAGCAAACUCAAGGAUCAACGUCAGGAGGUGAACAUCGUUACGAAGCAGCUGGAGCCGCACGUCAGUUUCUGGAAGAUGCGCCUACCCAGAAUGCUCAUCAGCGCCUCCAUCAUACUGCUGCUGAUCGUGGUGGCGAUCGCCAUCAUCGUCGGCGUGGUGCUGUACCGUCUGUCUGUGAUGGCCGCCCUGGGCGCGCUCACCUACUGGAACAGCGGCUACGACCACAAGGUCUACGUGGAGACGUACGGACCCAUCUUCGUCAACGCCACGGCGGCCACCAUCAACCUGCUGAUCGUGCUGCUGCUCAACCAGGUGUACAACCGCAUCGCCGGCUUCCUAACCGACUUGGAGCUGCCGAGAACGCAGUCCGAAUACGACGACAGCCUCACGCUGAAGAUCUACAUGCUGCAGUUCAUCAACUACUACUCCUCCAUCUUCUACAUCGCCUUCUUCAAGGGAAAGUUCCACGGCUACCCGGGCGACUACAACCGGAUCUUCCGCUACAGACAGGAGGAGUGUGGACCCGGGGGCUGCCUAUGGGAGCUCUCGCUACAGCUGGCUAUUAUCAUGGUUGGCAAACAGGCGCUUCUCACCAUCUGGGAAAACAUCCUACCGAAGCUGUUUUCGUGGCUGAGCGGCCUCAGUAAGCUGCUGUACGACAGUGAAGAAGACAAGAAGGAGCUGCCUCAGUGGGCGGCCGAUUUCACGCUGCUCAGCUGGGGAACCCAGAGCCUGUUUUGGGAGUACCUGGAAAUGGUGAUCCAGUUCGGCCUGGUGACCAUCUUCGUGGCGUCAUUCCCGCUCGCUCCGCUGUUCGCCAUCCUCAACAAUGUGCUGGAGAUGCGGCUGGAUGCGCGCAAGCUGCUUACCUUCUAUCGGAGACCGGUCGGACAGCGAGUCAGGGAUAUCGGCAUCUGGUACCGCAUCCUCAACACUGUCGGACGGCUGGCCGUACUGAGUAAUGCGUGUAUCAUCGGCUUCACGUCAAAUCUGAUCCCGCGCCUGGUGUACCGUCUCACGGUCAGCCAGAACAACACGCUGGACGGCUUCAUCGACAACAGCCUGUCCGUGUUCAACGUGGCCAACUUCAGCUCCGAGUUCCGGCCCAAAGACCAAUCGGCAGAUAUCGAGGUUUGCAGGUACCUGGACUACCGUAACGGACCGGAUGACCCCGAUCCGUACCAGCCUUCGACGCUCUACUGGCACGUGCUGGCCGCGCGACUCAUGUUCGUUCUCGUCUUCCAGAACGUGGUGUACGUGAUAAUGCAGCUGGUGUUUUGGAUCACGCCGGAUAUUCCGCGGAAGCUCAAGGAGCGCAUCCAGCAGGAGAAUUACCUGGUGCAGGAGAUGAUAGUCGAGAUGGAGCUGUUCCGCUCGCGCGGUGAGGACCCCAGCAGCGUGGGAGAGACGCUUCUGCACCGUAUCAUCGGCGACCCCGAGCAAUUGGAGGCGAUGAGCUCACGCCCCGACGGCGUCACCCGAAGAAAUCGCCAGCGCGAUCCCUUCCCGAAGUCCAGUGACCAAAUCAUCGGCUCCGGCAGCCAUCUUCACGCCUGCGUCUAGGGCGACAUCUACCGGUGACCCGAUAGCAGUGACAUCUGCAGGCCGGCCCGGCAGCGCCACCUAUAACACUACACAGUCAUUGCACAUCCGGUUCUACAGAAAAGCUGUGUACUGGAGUCACUAGCGAUUCUGUCACAAGCGUCGUUUCAGUAUGGUCUGGGUUCCGCUAUAUCCGAUGCCGCUGCGUUUGAUCUGUAUGGUGUGAGGCUAGCAGGUAUUCGAAUAUCGCGUCUCGCUUGUGAAUGUCACUGACAGGGUGAUUUAGAUCCGGCUGGGGAAAGUUUGAGCCAUUUUCUGGCGAUAUUGGAUGCGCUAGAGCCAUCUUCCUGUCAUGUAAUUGAUCCAGCUCUAUCGGCGCAGCCAACUUGUGGCUAUCGUCUGUUGUAUUGUGUUCGUGGCUCUCUAAUAGUGGUUCUCUCGUAUUGUGUAUGGUGUGAUUACCAAAGUGCUCUGAACCUCUUCGGACCGAGUUUUUGGCUUUAUACGCGACCUGUUGGUCAUCGCUUGUCUGAUGCGACCGGAUCUACGACAACCCAGGUUCAGACUGGAGAUCGUGUUCAAUGAGCCUUAACGACUUACUGCUGCUCAGGUGAAUCGCAUAUUUUUUAAGGUAUUUUUCAUAUGCUUAGCCCGAAUUUAUAGUGUUUUGAGAGACUUACUUUGUAUUGUACAAACGCUACAUGACAUUUUGUCUGCUUGCUAGCGCGUACAAAACAAAUAGCCCGGUUAGAUAUACUGGAUACGAUGCAUCUUAAUCGUGAAGUUAGUUACUAUUUCAUAUAAAUUUAUUGCAGGCUAUGUGCGAAUGUUGCUCGAGUGAUUGCUAUUGCCAUGUCUGUGUUAUGGCUUUUUUUGUGUGUCUGUCAGAAAAUCAAAAUACUCUGCUUCCUGUGUCAGGCUGCCUGUGCUUUUCAGUUCAGCUUUCACAAAGUGAUUCUGCUGCAAUAUGUGGUAAUCACUAAUCAUGAGCUACGAGUGUUAACAGAACAGAAGGUGCUUGCCAUGGUAGCUUAUUAGAGCUUUAGAAUCUGCCAAUGCUAUACUAUUUUUAACUGAGUUGUUUGAUUCGGAGUUUCAGCUGUCUAUUGAACAAGAUCGCUCCCUGCUUCACACCCAAAAUCAUUGUUGAUUUAUUUGGACGAAAAUUAUGUCCUAGUACGUAGGUAGUUCAUGUGAGGUUUUGUCGCUUGAGGUGCUUGUUACUUGUAACUGCUGCUAUGGUGUUGCUGAUGAUUAUAGCAGGCGUAUACUUGUGUGCAAGCGCUUGAUGUGGAAAUGCGCCUUUCUACGUUUUUUUUUUGUUAUUAAGGCGCAGCCUUUCUUUCUUAUGACUUGCUUUCACAUAGUGUCACGCUGGCAUGCAAGUGGGAUACUCUGCCAUUGCCAGCCACGCCGUUUCUCUGGUAGACUAAGGAUUGUAUUGUGCUCAAGCUAUUGUGUUGGUCUUAGUUUUAGCAUGGUUUAGUAUCGACUGUCAUAUAGUAGUAUUUUGUUGCUGCUCCCCCUUUAGAUAAGCAGAUCCUUAUGUUAUUGACCAAAAGCACGCAUUCUUUAAGUAAAGUUCUUCUUGUUUUUUUCUUUCUUUACUGCAUGUCCUUGGUUUGCUGUGUCUUUGUGAACCAUUUCGCACAACUACGCUCGAUUUGCGGCUGUACGCUGACGGAUAUAUGCGACAAUAAGAGGUAUCUACAGUUAUUUACUGGUAUUAAAAGUAAUGGUAUUUACAGCUAGUACUUAGUACGGCAGCGUGUGUCUGCCCACCGGUGACCUCAGAUGCGCCUUCCGUACACGGGUCAGCAGCGUGUCGCGCCGAGUUAGCGUGGGUACUCGCCCAGCGGGCCCCUCUCUGCUCCGUCGUGAGGCUGCCGCUAAUGUCGUGCCUACAAACGCACAACCUGUGCCGUCUUAUUUAGCCUACAGUGUAUAUCGUGGUGUGCGAAAUAUAGAAAUAUACAACAACCUGC